AUGGCAAAGCCUCCCUCCCCAGGAGACGACGCUACGCCGUUCCUGUUGAGAUGUUACGCCAAGCCCGGGCCCUUCCGCCCGGUGCAAGACUUUGAAUCAGGAUCAAGAGCGCAGCAAGACGAGUACAAGCUAUACGUCUGGAAGACGACGACGCUGCGCGAGGUGGCGCAGAUGCUGCACGAGGCCAACCCGUCGCUUUCACAGCCACUAUCGCUGCACGCCUUCCGGCUGAUCCACGUCUACCGGGACCGAUCGAGGUGCAGCGCCCGUAGCGUCGGUGGAGGUGUCACGCGCGUCCCUCUGCGGGAUAUGGAGGAUCUGAUGGACGGCAUCGAGCUCGACACGGCCACCAAGCGCGCCAUCGAGAGCCUCCGGGAGGAGUCGGACGAAUCGGUGGCAAAGAGGACGCUGCACCAGCUCGCGGUCCAGGACGGCGACCUCCUCGACUGCACCGUCAAGGCAGACCCAACGAUACCCACCGCGCCCGCGGCUCCGAGGCUUGGUCCGGGAGGACAUGGACCAGGCAGAUCGCGGCGGUCUUAG